GUCCGGAUGAUUUUAUCCCACCCCGCCCGUUCCCUUCGCCCGCCUCUGCCUGCAUACUACCUACGCAAGAAAGUCUACCCUCAACGCAGCCUUUAAAUUCGGCUUCAAAACUUGAUUUUGUAGCUAGGCUGCACUCGUCCAUCCUCCAACUAAUUUCGCUCAAGACUCAAGAUGGGCAAACCCAGAGAAUUCAAAGAGGCCUACUUUAACAAGUUGAAAGACUUGAUGGCCCAGUUCCCGUCCGCAUUCAUUGUUAACGUUGACAAUGUAGGAUCCAACCAGAUGCACCAAAUCCGACAGGCUCUACGUGGUAAGGGUACUGUCUUGAUGGGCAAAAACACGAUGGUUCGACGUGCGAUCCGAAACAUCUUGGCCGAUAACCCUCAGUACGAGCGUAUCCUCCCUCUCGUCCGAGGAAACAUCGGUUUCGUCUUCACCAGUGGCGACUUGAAGGAUGUUCGUGACAUUAUCACCGCCAACAAGGUCGCUGCCCCGGCCAAGGCUGGUGCCUUUGCUCCUUUGGAUGUUUACAUCCCUGCCGGUAACACCGGUAUGGAACCUGGAAAGACCUCUUUCUUCCAGGCUUUGGGCAUUCCAACCAAGAUUGCUCGUGGUACGAUCGAAAUUGUAUCCGAUAUGAAAAUCGUCACCGCUGGAAGUCGUGUCGGAGCAUCCGAAGCCACGCUUCUCAACUUGUUGAAGAUCUCUCCCUUCACCUACGGAAUGACUGUUGUCUCAAUCUACGACAACGGAAACGUUUUCUCCCCAACAGUAUUGGACAUCGACGAGAAGACUUUGAUCGACCAAUUCCUGAGUGGCAUCAAGACGAUUGCCGCCAUCUCCCUUGCGAUCAACUACCCCACCGUCGCAUCCGUUCCCCACAGCCUUGUCAACAGCUACAAGAACCUUAUUGCCAUUGCUCUCACUACCGACUACAUGUUUGAAGGCGCUCAAAAAGCCAAGGAUUACCUCGACAACCCCGAAGCGUUCGCUGCUGCUGCUGCCCCUGCUGCCACUGCUUCGGCCGCCGCACCUGCUGCCGCCGCCGCUAAGGAGCCAGAACCCGAGGAAGAAGAAGACGAAGACAUGGGACUCGACUUGUUUGGAUAAAUCGGUCCCCACUGUCUGGGUAAAUCCUUGUUCCCCACUACUUCAUGUAUCUAAUCUUAUGUGCUCCGAGAUCUACAUGAAAUACUGUUAUCCAGUCUGAGUUAUCCGAUUCCUCCUGGUGAUGGUGAGGUGUAAGCACCCUUGUGAGAAGCGUGACCCUGAGCCUAGGCAAGGAUUUUCACAAAUGAAGUGAAUCAUCAAAUUGCCCUCUUCGGUUUGUCGUAACAUCUGUCUGCCCCUUCUAUGUUUAUAUGAAGAGGUUUGCCGCACAUCAAAGCCUUGAACACACUUUGGAUGUCUCUCCAUGACAUUCAAUCUACUUUUGAGCCCCAUCUACCCUCAAGGUUUCCAA